UCUAGGCAAAUAGCAAUACAACCGAAUAUAACAGAAGAGCAAAGCCAACACCCACCGCCGGGCCAACGUGCAAAGCAUCGUCCGGCCAUGGGAUUCCUCCACAAGACCUCCAAGCAGACAGCGAAGCUCAAGUCCCUCCUGGGGCUCGCCGUCUCCCGCAUCGCCGUCGCCCGCCGGCCGCGCCUUGCUCGCAGGUCCAUCGCCUGCAGCGAUGUCAGCCAGCUCCUCGUCCUCGGCCACCUUGACCGCGCCCUCCACCGCGCAGAGCAGGUUAUCCAGGAGGACAACAUGCUGGAGGCGUUCGGCAUCAUAGAGCUCUACUGCAAGCGCCUCAUCGAGCAGGCUGAGCAGUUAGACAAGCCGGAGGAGUGCGGCGAGGAGCAACGGGAAGCGGCGGCCAGCAUCAUGUUCGCCGCCGGGUGGUGCGGCGACCUGCAGGAGCUGCUGUUUGCCCGUACCAUCCUCGCAGACAAGUUCGGCGGCGACUUUGCUGUCGCGGCCAAGGAGGGCACCGGCAUCGUCGAUCCCAUCUUGGUCUGGAAGCUGUCCGGAAACACAACGAGCAUGGAACUGAAGAAGAAAUUGACAAAAGAGAUCGCCGCCGAGAACAACAUCUUGGUGGACUUCUCUGAGCUUCCAGAAGCAACGGAGGAUGGCAGUGAUAUCUUGUUGGAUUUCUGUCGGCUCCAAGAAGCAACUGACGAAGGCAACAACAAUGUUCCAGACAGUCAGGAGCUCCUCGGCCAAAUGUCAUGCCAGGACGACAUGGAUGAAGGUUCAGAGUCGGACAAUGAACAUCCUCGCUCACACGGAACAAACACACCCGGGCUGGAGAGCGACGAGAAUGUGCACAUCGUUACCAAUUCUGACGGAUCAGAUGAUGAGGUUACAGGCCGGCGUAACCGAAGGUGGUGGCGCCUUGGGUGCGCAUGAGAACUGAGAUGGUGACCUCUGCAUCCGGCUAAAAAUGUAACGAUAUGGGCAGGACAAAUGCCAUUUGUCCAUGUGCACCCACCAAAUUGUGAAUAGACAUGAAUACACACAUGGGUACUUUCAAACUAUCUGCUAGUCCAGUCAAUUGUACUAUCGUCUAAAAAGAAAUGUAAAUCAGCUGUAUCUCAUGGCCGACCCUAGUGGCCAAUGCUACAAUAA